GCUGCUUCUAACACUACGACACCGGUAGAAGUGUCUUUGUCAAGGACGCAAAUGAUACUAGGUAAACUACACAGCGUUGACUGUCAAUAUUCAUUACCUAAGCACAAUUGCUUCCCUGAAUACCUACAUACAUACAUCUGCUAGCACUCUACUAUUCUUACCACAAAAUCCCACAUACUCUUCUAAUUGGCGUUUCGUGGAGACCCAUCAAUAAAGCGAGACUCUGAGUUGAUUUCCAAUCGUGCCACCCUUGCUUGAUAAUCUUUUCGUCAUUUUAUUACUCACUCUGUAGUGAGAGGCCAGAUUGGAGUAUUUAGUCGAAGCCGUCGAGACCUAUCAGCUUACGGGGAGUAUUGUAAUCCAACAGUAAAUCCAUCGUUCUUAGAUGUUCGUCAGGCCUAGACCCCCUUUCUCCCAAAUCAUACAGGGCAGAGGGAAGUCACAAGUAUUUGUGAACUUACUAUUUAAACCACCAUUUGAUCGCAGACUAUUUGCAUUGAAACUACACACUGUUGUUCGAUUUCAAUCAACUCACACAAAGCAUCUUCUCAAUAUGGCUACUUCAAAAACCAUUCACCUCACUCCUGACGAUACUGGCGUGUUUAAGUUUGGGUCUCAAGAUUCGGAAACUGCCAAAAAAACAUCGGAGCUACUACAAGAGAAUCAUGAUAAACACCACAUCUUCUUCAAUAAUACUGGAUUUCACAACCACAUUGCCCAUCACUUGUUGACUCUAUACGGCCUUGGUGCUCCGGCAUCCGUCAUUGAGCGGCAGUAUAAACUUAAUGCAUCAUAUCAACGCCCCGUUGUACUUUCUACGAAUCAAGCCCCGGUCGACAUGUCCAUACCAGACAAUUUCCACAACCAUCUUGGUAAACAAAAGUACUAUCAUGACUUUCUGGUAUUCUGGCAGCGAGAAAUUGAAACCAAAGGAUGGAAAGAUGUAUUGAAAGAACGUGUUUUUGCAGGCGAUGCGAAAGCAGAUGACAUGCUCGGCAGAAUGUUUGCAGGGUUUCUUCAUCCUCUGAUUCAUCUAGGGUUUGGUAUUGAGUUCAAUCAACCAGCUAUCAUUGCCGAAGCGCUAGCACAAGCUUCCGUCCACGAUCAGUGGAUCACUCAGUAUUUGUUGGACGUCGAAAAGAACGCACAACCUGGAAACAAGACAAUUCCACAACUUUUGGACGAGAUCAGAGGCGACAAAAAGCUUUCUACUGCUGCUGAGUGGGACGAUGGCAAUAAGAUUCGAGAUGGUAUCUUAGCCAGAGCUCGAGGUGAAAUGAUCAACUAUGCAUCUCAGUGGACUGUCGGAAAAGGUGAGCUUGAAGCCAAGACAGCUCAAAUGAUCAACUCUGCCAUUUAUUUCACUGCUGCCGCGCAGCGCCCUCCAAAACAAGUAAAAUUUGACUUCUACUUUAUGCAUUGUGUCAAUAGUUCAAUUUUCUUCACCUCCUUCAAAAACCAAGACUUUUUAUCCGAAGCCCAAAAGGGAAGGCUUUUGGAAUGGAAGGGACGCCUUGAUCUCAUCAUGUAUGCAUCCCGUCGUUCCCCCGAACUACUCCUCGAAGAGAUAUCGGGAUAUGUCCCGAAGCUCCUUGAAGCUGGAGAUGCGGAAUGGCGUGGGUUGUUUCAAAGGCUGUUCGAGUUCGAAGAUGAUGGCCACGCCGUGAAGCUUGGAAGAGCAGUUGCUCAUGCCGAGGUAGUCAGCCAGGGCUAUGAAGACCAAGACUGGGCAAAGAUCAAGGGCUUCAUGUGGCUAAAAGUAGGCAACAUGGUAGCCGACAGCGUUGAAGACACCGGAGAUACCUGGGCUAGAAGUGUUGGCUUUGACGAAGCCUGGAAGGAUUAUGUGGAUAGACCAAGACAGGUACAUUUGUAAAUGAAGAAGUUGUGACACACUUUCUCUUUAUCACACUAUAGUUUUGGGGCUUUUGAUGUAGUACUUAUCAAUGAAGCAAUUCUUCCCGGAAGAUCUGACGUUAAUUGGACAAACAUGCA